UCUCUGCCGGCCGCCUCCCCGCCCUCUCCCGCUGCCCACGCCCCUGCGGGGGGAGGCAGGGCAGGAGGCGGUGGUCGGCCCGCCCCACGACCCUAUUAAAGAGUCCCGGGCGAGGGCUGGGUACGGUGAGCCUGACGGCGAGGAAAGUGGUGUGCCGAACUCCCGGAGUGCCGCGCAGGGUCCAGCGCCCAGGACUGCCCUUUCCCGGCCGGGGAGGGCGCUCCGAGCCGCCCCCCUUGCCCCACGCCCCUUGUGCCCCUCGGCCGCUCCCCUGCUCAGCCCUGCGGGCCCUGGGAGGUCGGGCCAUGCGACCAGGCUAGUGCGCCCGGGGCGCAGCGCCGAGCCGCUGCCCUGCCGCCCGCUCCCGCCGCCGCCGGCAUGCUGCGCCCGCUGCUGCUCGCGGCGCUCUGCCUGGCCGGUCGGCUCGAACCCAGCUACGGCUGCCAGCUGCCGUCGGAGUGGAGACCCCUGAGCGAGAGCUGUCGCGCCGAGCUGGCCGAGAUCAUCGUGUACGCCAAAGUGCUGGCGCUGCACCAGGAGGUGCACGGCCUCUACAACUACCUGCCCUGGCAAUAUGAGGCUGGCGAGGCGGGGCUCUUCUACUCCGCGGAGAUCGAGAUGCUGUGCGACCAGGCGUGGGGCAGCAUGCUCGAGGUCCCCGCCGGCUCUAGGCUCAACCUCACUGGCCUGGGCUACUUCUCCUGUCACUCCCACACCGUGGUCCAGGACUACUCCUAUUUCUUCUUUCUCAGGAUGGAUGACAAUUAUAACCUCUUGCCUCAUGGAGUCAACUUCCAAGAUGCCAUCUUUCCUGAUACUCAAGAGAACAGAAGGAUGUUUUCCAGCCUUUUCCAGUUUUCAAACUGUUCCCAAGGGCAGCAGCUGGCCACUUUCUCCAGCGACUGGGAGAUCCAGGAGGACAAUAGGCUCAUGUGCUCGUCGGUGCAGAAGGCCCUGUUUGAGGAGGAGGACCAUGUCAAGAAACUGCAGCAGAAGGUGGCCACCCUGGAGAAGCGGAACAGGCAGCUCCGGGACCGGGUGAAGAAGGUGAAGAGGUCGCUGCGGCAGGCACGGAAGAACGGCCGCCACCUGGAACUGGUCAACCAGAAGCUCAGUGAGAAGCUGGCAGCCACCACAGGAGCCAUCCCGCACAUCAACGCCCUGGAGCGGGAGCCCGCACGCGGCACCUACCUGCGGGGAUAGCGGGGACCCCGAGGUGCCACAGCCAGCACUGCUGGGGUGCCUUGCCUCUCGCCAGGGUGUGGAAAAUGAUGGUGAUGUUGAACGUGCAUGUAUUCCAGACCUUGUAGAAGAUGUUUUUUACUUUGCAUUGGGUAGUGUCUAGUUGGCUAAAGGGCAGGUCCCGUUGCUCCUACCUGGCCCAGCUCCACACAUGGUGCUUGGCAGUCCAGAGGCAGCAGGAUCAAGCAAGCUGUGUGCUUGCCUGGGGCCUGUCCUCAGUUUCUGGGACUGGCCUGCAAAGUGCAAAUACUGGGGAAAGGACACUUUAGACUCUCUAGAUACAUGAGACUGCAAGGAGGUUGGCCUUUAUUUCAGAAGAGGCGGCAGUGCAGCCUCAACUCUGAGCUCUAGAAUGACUAGUUUUGAGGAGUGACCUGAAUUCAGUCAUGGAACUGCCCAGUGUCUCAUUUUCCAGAUCUUUGGAAGGACAGUGGCCUUGCAAAGCUCCCAAUGAUGCCUGUAAGUAGCAGGUGCAGGGUGUCCCUACUCCAGCCAGCAUUUUCUCCCAGCUGAGGCAUGUGAAGACUUAAUGAACUCGGCACAGGUAAGGGAACUGAGUUGGGCAGCAGGCCAUUAAAAAGAUACCUUAUACCUGAUUUCCAAUACCAGCUGCCCAGAGCUGAAAGUGACAGCUAGGGUUCACUUUAAUCAAGAGAGACAUAGCCUCAUGGGCCUGCCAUGUUUUAUCGCUCCAUGUUCCUAAGGGAAAACCCUGAGUAGCAUUGCAGCCCCUUUUAAAUUUUUAUUGUUUGCUCAGUAAUUUCUUCCCACUUUUCCAAAUUGAAGGUGAGCUUCCCUAAUACUCUGGACUUCUGUAAAAACACCUCCUUACCUAGGAGGACCAGGUGACCUUACCUCAUUCCCAGGCAGGCCUUGUUCCAGGUGUUCUCAUCUCCUCCUGCUGUAUGCAGAUGCUUUCCACCCACUGGGAUGGACCUUGCCCUGGAGUAACGUUUGUACAUCAGUCUGCCUGUCUUGACUGCACCUGUACCCAAGUAAAACACUUCAUCCCCUUGGGAAAGAAACCUUUAAAGACAGCCCUGCAAGAAAAGAGCAGAGUGUUCACUAUACCUGACGCUGGAGCUCUUGACUUAGGCUCAUGUGAUCAGGCCCCAGUUGUGUCAUUAAGAAGUCAUUUGAGUGUCCUGUCGGUGAUCUUCUAUUGAUGGUAGAAGAUAAUGACCUUUCCCUUCCCUGCUUGUCCAGAUAGAAGCUUCUGGCCCUUCACUGGGGGGUCUGCUACCCACAGACCACCCAAGACACCACAGGGCCGGAAUGUUCUGUCUUCUCCAUUAGAAGUGGCAGUUCCUGUCAGGUGUCCAUCCCACUGGCAGCCAGUCUGAGGACUGGACCUUGUGUCACUUGAGUCUCAAUGGCAGGCUCCUGCCGCAGGGGCAGACUCUGUCUUGGACUGAGUGGCACUGGAACUUUUGGCUCGAGGGCUCUUCGUUUCCAAGCUUCUACCUGCACUUUGUUAGUUCAUGCUUCAGUGGGGUACAGUGGAGGGGCAUCUUCUGGGUUACUCUUCCUGGGGACAUUCCCUCAGAGCGGUUGUGCUUUCGGUGAAGGGAUGACAAGCCCAAGGGUGACUUACAGUCACUGUGGGAAGAAUGUGGGAGCUGGGUCUCUACAUCUGCACUAUGUCUCCCUUUUCAAUAAAUAUGAGCAAUAUUUCAGCCACAACAAUAAAG